AUGUCCAACCCAUUUCUUGAAAGUCAAGAAUCAAAGACACUCAAUCUUCUCGAUCAUGAUGACCCUCCACAAUACCGGGGCUCAUGUCAGCCUGAACCACCCCAAGAUCUACUCACCUCCAUCAUCGAGAACGAAAGUACUCGCCGUACAUUAGUUCAAGGACUAUGCAACUCAGCAAAAGACUUCUACAACCAUUCAAAGAAUAUUGAGACUCCAUGCCUUCACGACUUGGCAUGUGAGCUUGAGCCAAAGGUGGAUAAGCUCGCUCAUGACCUUCGUGAACUCGUUGGAUUCCUUGAGGCGAUUAAUGGCUUGGCGAUACCCGAUCAUGAUGACAUUGGCGAGCGUCACGAUCAUCAUUAUCACCAUGAUCAUCACUAUCAUCACCAUGCUAGCAGAAAGCCAACCAGGAGCCUUUGGCGGAGAAUUUUCAAAAGAUCAUCCAACUAG